GGUAUAAAGUGUGUGUCGCAACGUUGCCAACAACACAAACGCUGCCAAACACUGCUGCACAGCCUGCUUACACACUGCGUGAGGAAAUAUUCCAAUCAGCGGACUACUGUCACGCUAUCUCUCUCUCUUUCUUGGAUUCAUUCCUGAUAGCGAAGAUGAUUCCAGAGACAAGCUUCGGAGAGAACAGGAUGCAAUCCGCAGGGCUGGCUCUGGAGGAGUUGUUGGUCACGGCUCAGAAACAAGACUGCCUGACUGUUGGCAUCUAUGAAUCAGCUAAACUUCUUAAUUCGGACCCAGACAGUGUGGUUCUGUGCGUUCUGGCCACUGAUGAUUUAGAUGAUGUGGCACUUCAGAUCCACUUCACCCUGCUGCAGUCCUUCUGCUGCGAGAGUGGCCUCAACAUCCUGCGAGUAUCAGGGGUCCAGCGGCUCCAGCAGCUGCUUUGUGCUGUGGAUACCAACAGAAACCAGGAGGAGCACAGAGACCUCCACUGCAUGCUGGUUACGAACCCCCAAGCCGACCACUGCAGGCUACAAGAGGUGGGGACAUACUGCCAGGAGAGUCGACGCCUUGACCAGUGGGUGCCUGAACUGGUCCUGCAGGAACGCUGAGGGGCCUGACACCCACAUAUAUGAACAAAAACAGGAGCUUUCUGGGUUCAAAUACUGGAUCCGUUUCUGCUCACGCAGGGACAGCCUGGGAAAGGCUAUCCCGACUGAUGACUAGCAGGAACAGGGGACUCCCUCUCAGACACUUCUCAGACACAGUCAGAGUGGACACUGGUUAUGAAGAUCAGUGAUGGGGAAAAAAAAACCACUCAUGGAAAAGCAGAUUCCCUAUAAGACCCUGUCUUUUGACAUCACCAGAAAAAUAGAUCCAUGCUUCUAUUUUGUGCCUCUGUUGUGUUUAUGGGGUGUGACAGUCAAUCAGCAGUAGCUUUGACUGAAAAAUGUCCACACCCAGACGUGUACCUGGAGGAUCAGUGCGUUUCUUUGGACUGGGCAGGAAUGCUGUAAUGAAACUAUACCCAACAUUCCUGUGUAUUCUAACAUGGGAGAGUCCUCAGAGAUUAUGUGUGCGUGUGAGUGUGUGGUAUUUGUGUACAAUCCUCAGGUCUUUCUUUAGAAAAGACUGGGCGUGCAGCGUGUGCGUUCCUGAAAAGAAUGAGCAGCCAAACCUGUGGAGGAAUUGUCACCAUGGAAACUAAAAUGGAAUGAUAUUCAUUAUACAGACACAAGAUUAAUUGGAUGAAAUAGAUAACAAAAGGGUUGCAGAACGUGUUUGUUUGGUAAUAGGAGGAUACAGAAUGAAGCCGUAUGAAGAAGUCUUAUUUGUAAAUUCUCAUUGUGCUGUUGGAUAGAUCACACUCGGUAUCCCAGUGCCUUGAAGAUUGCUGCUUAUGUUUUUUUUUUUGAUCAAAUGCUGUUAACUAAAUAUGAACAGUGCUGCAUCAGUAACUUAUUGAUUGUAUUCUGUGUUUGUUUUAAUAUUUAUGGUAUAUAUUUUUGCUCUGUUAAUUAAACCAAUAAAUUAAUAUUCAUAAUUUA